AUGAUGUCAAGUCAGCAGCGUCAACAACCACAACCAAAUAUGGGUCAUCGACACUCAUUGACAAUCGAGACAAAUCCCCUUCAUUUGUUGCCAUCGAAUGUCCGACGAUUUUCACAAGUUGGCGAACUCAAGGGUCAUCUCAAGCCGGAAAUCCUUGCGAAAGUCGCUCAAAACAACGGAAUCCCGGAGGUCCAAGACGAUGAAAAGAAGAAAGAUCAAGAAAGUGAUAAG